UCGACGCUUCAGUUACAAUUUGUCCAUUUAUAUUUGUAAAACAUUAUUAAAUACUAAUGUCUCUUCUUUCCGCUUUACGGCUAUUUCACUUAAGGGAGAGUUUUAUUAUUCCAGUGCAAUAUGCGAUACAAGCGAAAGGCUAUCAAAAACCAUCUGGAAAACAUUCUGGUUUUGGUAAAAAGAUUAUUGUUAAAAAAACGGCUUCUAUACCUGUUGAAAAGGAUAUUAAUAAGUUAUUGACUUAUGUAUGUGGAACAAACAUUCUUAAGGAAGGAGAAGAUGUAAAACUGAAACCUGACUCUGAAUAUCCUGAAUGGUUGUGGAACAUUACAACACAACCAAUAAAAUUAUCAGAAUUGGAUCCAAAUACCAAAGAAUAUUGGAGAUACUUGCGAACUCAUGGAUUGAAAAGAAAUAAUAGGACACGUAAAUACUUUAGAUUUCAUUAGUUUAAGUAAAUCCUUAUGUCAUAUUGUUUUUUUAAAUCUUAGAACAAUAUCUAUAGCUUUAAUGUGUACACUUGGUUUUGUUAAACAUAUUGUUAUAUGAUUAUGUUAAUCAUGUAUAAAUAAAAAUACACUUAUAAGUAU